ACGCCAAACCCCCAAACCCCACUCAGAGAGAGAGAGCGCGAGAGAGCAAAAAUGCAGAUCUUCGUGAAAACCCUAACCGGGAAAACCAUCACUCUCGAGGUCGAGUCCAGCGACACCAUCGACAAUGUCAAGGCCAAGAUCCAAGACAAGGAAGGUAUCCCACCUGACCAGCAGAGGUUGAUCUUCGCCGGGAAGCAGCUCGAGGAUGGCCGUACUCUCGCCGAUUACAACAUCCAGAAAGAGUCAACUCUUCAUCUUGUUCUGAGGCUUCGUGGUGGUAUUAUCGAGCCAUCUUUGAUGCAAUUGGCUAGGAAAUACAACCAAGAUAAGAUGAUCUGCCGCAAAUGUUAUGCUCGCUUGCACCCACGUGCUGUCAACUGCAGGAAGAAGAAGUGUGGACACAGCAACCAGCUGAGGCCAAAGAAGAAGAUCAAGUAGAUUGCUGAUCUUGAGGAAGAAGUGCUAUCCGUUGUUGUGGGUCAUUUAAUGUUUCUUAACCAUGGUAGCAUUAAAGAGUUUGCUAGUUGACCAGAAAUCAGACAUGUAGCUUUGAACUCAAUACUUUCAUAGAUUUUGAAACGUUACUUUGUUUUAAUAUGUUUUGCACCUUGUUUGGAUAUUGGAUAUGCAUUUAUGUUGAGCUCUUCAUUUUUGAUAUGUUGAAAUCAAAGCUGGUACUUUGUCUGGUUA